GCCAUUCGAGUGCAGCGUGUGUCUGAAGAAAUUCUCAGACUCCGGCCGUCUGAAGAUACACGCCCGAAUCCACACAGGAGAGAAGCCAUACGAGUGCAGCGUGUGUCCCAAAAAAUGCUCAUCAUCUUCCAGUCUUAUUUCACACAUGCGAACCCACAUAGUAGAGAAGCCAUUGUUUGAGUGCACCAUCUGCGCUAAAGAAUUUUUAUCAGAUGUUGGUCUACGAGAUCAUUUGGCAAUCCACACAGGAGAGAGGCCGUACAAGUGCAGCGUGUGCCAUAAGACAUUUUCAAGAGCUAGCGAUGCGCGCAGGCACAGAGUGACCCAUAGCGAGGAAGCGCCAUCAAAGUGCUCAGUGUGCGACAAGAAAUUUAAGCAUAGAAGCAGUCUUAUCGUUCAUAGUCGAACCCACACCGCGACCCACACCGGAGAAAGGCCGUUUCAGUGUAUUUUGUGCCAAAAGAGGUUUGUGUCAAACAGGUAUCUCCGUCGCCAUUAUCGAACCCACGUAGAGGAACGUUUUGAAUGUACUGUGUGCAAGAAGAAACUAUCGACAAGCACCGGGCUCCGCAGUCAUCUCCGAACCCAGCACGAGUAGACGUCAUGUUUGUUUCUAGCAUAUUUUCUUUGUAGCGCGUAGUCGCUAGUAGAGAUAUGGAAGCCGACUGGGACUCAUGAUGUUUGCGGCGCGCUGCUAGUUCAUAAACCUAAAUUCUUGAUUUGCUCUAUUUUUUCAUUUGACAAUGUUUUGUGUUUGUUUUGAGGCCUAGUUACUUUUUGUCCAACCCCUUUUAUGUCUGGGUCUUGCGACCGUCAUUGCUUUGACUAAAUUCACAUGACUAGUCUCGUUAAGUAUAUCCCAAUGUGAAUUUGUAUUUAUUUUGUUUUUGUUUGAAGUUUAUAGUGCGCUUCUCGAAUA